UCGAUUUACAUUUUCAUAUUAUUACGUGCGCGCAAAACCAGAUGGGAAUCAGUCGCGCGUGAACCGCGUACAGAAACGUUCUUCGAUUCGAUCUUUAAUCGCCUGGGACGAUCGUCCGUUGGUAAAGAUGAAUAAUCCAAAAUUAUCGUCGUAUUUUUACGAGAGAAAGUGCUAUUUGUGCGAACGACGCACCACUUAUCCGGAUACAGCUGCUCCGAGAAAGUCUACGCAGAGAGUGAGAUUCGCCGAGCCGAGCAAGAUGCUAAGAUCAGCCUCGCCGCAGUACUCCAGCAGAGGGUCUGAUGCUCGAGUGAUUCGUUUGACGCCUGAUCAGGAAGCUGUUCUUCAGGAACAUUUUCACAGAUGGCCUAGAGCACCUCAUAUGGCGGAUAUCGUCCUGUUGGCGGCCGAAACCGGUCUCUCCGAAGCUGACGUCGAGGCUUGGUACGAUAUUCGCUUAGCUCAGUGGAGGAAGGAGCAGGGCCUCGGCGGAAAUCUUGGUUUGCAUUAACGUUUAACGUUUUGGGACCUUCUUCAACGUUAUCGUAACUGUGUACCUGAGAAUUUAAUUUCUAUAAGGAUUGCGUAUCCACACCUGACAACGAUCUAUUCUCUAUCGAUUUUUCUGUUGCUUGUAGCUAAUCGAGAAUUGUAACUCGCGUAGAUUCUUCAUUAACGAUUUUAUUUAUGUUAAUCGUCAUCGUGUAAAGAAGUUAGGAAGAAUGGUACCAAAAAUUCAUUUUAAGAAAUAACUUUGAGUAGACGAGCGCGUAUAUAGUUUGAACGUGUUCUAACGUGUUCUAACGUGUUGUAAUUGUUUUAACCUGUUUCUGUUAGUAUUUAUUUCGAUUCUAAAACACCGGGAUAUAAAAGAGGAAAUUACUUUUUUAUCAAAUGCCUUGACACUAGCUAAUCGUAAGUACGUCGUGUAAAGAAGACAUUACCAGUGAGUAUUAAUCAUAGAUUAUAUGUAUAUAACCUGACCGCAGGUCGAGGAAAAAUUAUACUAGUUGUACCAGGUACCACGAAUAUAUUAUUUCGAAGAUUGUUACUAGUUUUACUAAUUUUCUUCACGACAAAUGUACGAAAAACACGAAUUAAAAUGGAAAUAUUUGUAUA